AUGUCGAAGACUGUGGUCGAAUACACCGCCCGUCGGAUCACUUAUGAAACGACCCUUCCCAUAGACGAAGUCACCACGCGCCUCGACCAGGAGACCAACCGCUCCGCAGGUGGUCCUGAAGUGUUCCGCAUUCUGCGCGCCAGCAACUCUAAAGCCGAAAUUGAAGAAGCGUUCACAUCGCUGACCGCACGGAGCGGCUUCGUGUACUUCAUGGACAUGGCCUACCACGGCUGGCUCUCCAGGUACAAGGGUGAAGCGGUACCGAAGGCCCACGUUUACGUGAUCGGAAAUCCGCUCUUCGCCGCGAACAUAGUGCCGCACGACUUCGCGAGCGCAAACCAUAUUCCGCCCCGGAUGGUCAUCUACGAGAUUGCACCAGGCUCAGGGACGCGCGUCGUAUGGGAUGACCUGGCGUCGAUCGUCUCUGUGCCGCAGGCCCCGAAUGCUGUGGUGAAUCCGCAGCUGAGGGCGGCGGCUGAGGAUGUAGCGGCCAAGCUUGAGGUGUUGGUCCAGAAGAUCACUCGGGUGGAUUGA